CUUUUUGAUGUAAUGUUAUGGCAAACAAUAUGCGAGGAUACUGCUACAUACGAGUUUCCUGUUUGUGGACGUGAUUACUUCGAUAAGUUAGUGCUGAUAUGGAAAUCUCAGUGUCAGUCGGUGAAUCGUCGUCUUUUUGGCACUGUUAAAGUUGAUGGUCACAGCGAAGAGUGUUUGAAAGUCGUUCACAAGGCUGCGGAUUCACUGGUUAUAUUGUGCUUCAGGGUACACCUAAGUCUUUCGGUACCAACCACUGUGCUUAGCUGUGAGUGUGAAUGGGUUUUUAGCAACAUGUUCCCUACCAUGGUUAAGUGGUUGAAGUUUAUCGACCCUCGGAAAGUAGUGCGUAAUUCCAAUAGUUUAUUAGAUAUUGAGAAGUAUAUUGUUCAUUACAAUAUGAUGAAAGAGAAGUAUGGACGUCAGUUAGUGAAGAAUUGGACGGAAAAAACAGAUCCAAAGAAAUUCGUAUAUGAGGAUUGCGGUAUUGAAUUUUGGAGGAUACGUGAAUGCAUUCCUAGAAAGUUUGUGGACAUAGGAUGUGGUAAUGGAUUAUUAGUCCAUCUGUUUAAUAAAGAAGGAGUUAACGGUAUUGGCAUUGAUAUACGCAGUAGAAAAAUAUGGGCGAAUCAGCUCAGCGGGACUACACUUAUUGAAGCAGUCUUUGAUCCUGCUCAGAAGGAAAAUCCGUUGCUUGAUGGUGUGGAUUAUCUAAUUGGAAACCACACCGAUGAACUAACACCUUGGAUACCGCUAGUGCAUAUGUACUUAUAUACGUGCCGGUUUAUAUAUCCAUAUAUAUUUUUUGUUAACAAUGUUUACUUUUUAUUUUUUGCCUUCUAUAAUCUUUAUGGCAGGCUUUGUUUUGUAUGCAGCAUUCCUUCUAAUGGACUUGUUCCAAAUGUUGAAGAAAUUAUUGAGCGGCUUACUGGUUCCAAUAUCUGGAUUAAGGUUCGGAAUUGUCUAAAUAUUCCUAAGGACAUCCGCACAACGUUAAUUCAUCGUUUCUUUAAUGUGCUACUGGAAAGAAAUGAUGAGAUCAAGGACGGAUGGCGCUGUGGAAGGGCAGUCGGACUCAGUGAAUUAGCUGCACUCCUUAGUGAGGAGGAAAAACAAUUAAUGAAGCGACAGUGUGGAGGGCUACAAACCUUUUUACGGAAUCAGCAUCAAAUAUUCAAGGUUAAAGAAGGAACAUUAAAGUCUAAGAAAUCAAAAGCUGCCUCUUCAAGCAAUAGAGCUGCGCUUUGCUGGAUGGAAGAAAUUCAUCCAGAUGGCUGUCCCAUGAAAGAUAAGUGUCAUUUCAAACACAUGAAGAACUUGUGA